ACUGGCUUUAUAACACGCCAGCGCGUCUCCUUCACAUCAACAUAAGGCACCGGGCUCGUACUGCACCGAUAUUACUUUUCAGUUAUCCAGAAUCGACCGGACCUAGUCGCGAAGAUCCAAUAUCUUUGAUGAGAUUCAAGAAAACCGAGACCCAAAUGGAGGGACAAACUGUGGCCAACUUUUCCCCAGAGUCUUGCUUUGCAACUGAAAUACUGCAGGUGCUCAGCACAUACCGGAAGAGUGGCAUCUUCACUGAUGUUGUGCUACAGGUGGAGGACCAGGAGUUCCCUUGCCACCGCGCUCUGCUCUGCGCCAGUAGCAACUAUUUCCGCUCUAUGUUCCAGGGCCAGCUCCGCGAGAGCUGCCAGUCUCUGAUCAAACUGCAGGGCAUCUCUGCAGCUGCCAUGGAAAACCUGCUCAACUUCAUGUAUGAGGGCAAGGUUGAUGUGGAUGAGGAGAAUGUUGAAAUUGUCUUCAGGGCAGCUGACCUGCUCGGUGUGAAUGUGCUUAGUAAGGCCUGCAUCCAGUUCCUGGAGCAGCGAGUCGAUCACUCCAACUGCCUGGGCAUCAUGGACUUUGCCAGCUCCUUCUUCAUCCAGCCACUGGCGGAGCAGUGCCAGAAGAUUCUCUACCAGGACUUCGUGGAGGUGUAUAAGCAUGAAGAGUUUCUCAGCCUGACCAAGGGGCGCCUGACGGAGUUCUUGUCCUGUGAGCAGUUGAAGGUUGACCGUGAGGAAGUCUUGGUAGAAGCCAUACUCAAAUGGGUUCGCCAUGACCCAAAUGAAAGGAAAGAAGCGCUGAAGGACCUGCUGGAGUGUGUCCACCUACCCUUGGUUGACCCUGUUUUCCUCAUUAAAACACUGGAAAGUGAUAAGAUCCUCCAAGAUUCCAAAGAGUGUCUCCCUCUGCUUCUCGAAGCUAUGAGAUAUCAUAUCUUCGGAAAAGAAGUUAAUUCUUCCAGGACACAGCCAAGAAGGUCAACAGUGAGAAUGGAAGUGAUCGUCGUGAUUGGUGGUUGUGACAGAAACGGCCUCUCCAGACUGUCCUACACACAGAAGUUCAACAUUCACUCAAAAGAGUGGCUUCCGGCAACUUCCAUUCCCGGAUACUCUAAGUCCGAGUUUGCAGCCUGCGAGCUUCAAAAUGAUGUCUACGUUUCAGGAGGCCAGCUGAACAGCACUGAUACAUGGCGGUACCUGCCUCAGCUCGACCAAUGGGUGCGCGUCGCCUGCUUGGCCAAUGGCAGGUGGCGACACAAGAUGACAGCUCUCCAAGGAAAGCUGUAUGCAGUGGGUGGUUUCAACGGGCACCAGAGGUUGUCCAGCGUGGAGUGUUACAGUGCCUACGAUAACCAGUGGCAGGAGGUGGCGCCUCUUCUGCUGCCCGUGAGCUCUGCUGCCCUGGUAGCCUGUUCUGGGAAGCUCUAUAUCAUCGGAGGAGCCCUCAGUGAAAACUGCAACACAGAUAAGGUGCAGUGCUAUGACCCUGUUAAUGACCAGUGGAGUUAUAUGGCACCCAGCCCCUUUACUCAAAGGUGUAUAAGUGCCACAACCUUCGAUGACAACAUCUAUGUGGUUGGUGGCCUCCUGGAUGACAUAUACAAGUACACCCCAAGUCUGGAUACUUGGAGUAAGGUGGCCAGCUUGUCAAUGAAACUGGAAAGCUGUGGUUUGACGGUGGCCGGCGGGAAGAUAUACAUUCUUGGAGGGAGAAACGAGAGCGGCUUUGGCAUCGACAAGAUGUGGACCUUCAAUCCCGAGAGCAGACAGUUGACCGAAGAGCUGCCCAUGUCGCGCUGCGUGAGCUACCAUGGCUGCGUCACGGUCACACAGCACUUCCCCUUGAAGCCCCACGUCUGAGCGAUCUUCUCGAGCACCACGUACACUUGUGGAUGGAUCUGUAGCCUUCAGUUUAAAGGUCACUUCCUGAAGCAAUGGCACAGCUACCUGAGGAUCCUCAGAGCUGAACUAUCUAGACAUCGAGAUUGAAGCUAUGUCCUCGAAUCGUUCCUGAUUCCAUUCUCGAUUGCUAUUUUUGUUGCGUUUGGUCAAACUGGAAGAAUGACCUGUUUUACUUUGCAACAUGGAAUGCUUUCACAUUCACAACUCAGACAGGUUUCCUCAGUACUUACAAAUGAACGAGCAUUUUGAGUAUUUACAGGAUUUCUCAUUUGUGAGGAGCUCGUUAGGGGCGAUGAAGUGAAUUUAUGAAACUGUGAGUUCUACUACUACCAUUACUAUUAUUUAUGCAAAUUAUCUAAAAGAUGGGAGAGUCUGGAAAUCAUCCCGUGUGAAGAUUAAACAUGGACUGCUCUUUGAGAAUAGGUCCUAAAUAUGAAAUGUAUUACUAUUUAUUAAAUUGUUAUAUAUUAACAAGAGGCAAUGGCCUUACCUGUAUGGAAAUUUUCUUGAGCACUCUUUCAUUUUACUAUUGUAUUUUUUUGUAAUUGCAUCCUAAAACUAAUGCUAAUACAUUUGUUCUUUGUGCACUUCUUGCACUUCAUGCAUUAAGACUCAAUCAAAUAUUUUCCUCAGGAAUGAAACAAUUCUGGUUACCCUGUCGGAUUAGGCACAUAGUUCAACAAUAUGUUAAUUUUCAGUUUAAACCACAACCACAUUCCAAAACAUCCCAAAUUCCAGACCAAUUCUUUGGAAAAGACCAGAGCCUAGAUAACAGGAAGAGGUUCGGGGGGAAUGCUAUGUGUUUACCAAAACAUAAUCUGCUUCUGAAGAACUGCACUAAUUAGUGACCUCAUUUACUGUCAGCAGCCUGGAAGAACAGGUUUAAAAUGUGAUCUGUAUGUCCUUCAAGGACAUGCACAUACACCAGCAAAAUAUAUCUACCUCCUAAGUUUGGCCUUUUCAUUGAUCUUUACGUGAAAUUAACCCUUUCUUGGAAUUAAUGACUGACACUCUAUCACGUCUGGUACACCAUAAAAUCUGACAUAACAGUCUGCUGCAUUGCCAGCAAAAUGCAGUUUUUGUGUCAGAAGUGGUCACCUGAUUGCUGUUUUAACUAAUAUUUUAUACUUUUUAAUGUUUCCUUUUGAUGUAUCAUUGUUGCAUAAUGUUUCAACGUCUCCUAAUGAUAGUUUGUAUCUGCUUUGUGACAUUUUAUGUUUUUAUCAUGAGCUUCAGAUGAACUGACAUUUUAUAAAAUGUGUGCACAUUGAAUUUUUAAUAUAUAUCAAAAAAGCAGAAAAUCCCUGUAAUGUGAAAGACAUGAUAUAAAUCAUUCAGUAUUCAAGAAGCCAAUUAUUCAUUUAAUUUUGUAGUAAUGACUGCGUCAUACUUUGGUAAAUAUAUUUUAUAAUGUAUUUGUCUUAUGUUGCAAAUUAUUAAAAUUUUUCAUUUGA